UAUAAGGUAGCACCGUUACUUCGCCGCUUAUAAAUAGUCGGGAAGUCGAUGGACCAUCAAUCCAUCUCCUCGCGUUGGUAGUUUUCUAGUUUUUACGGUCGAUCGAUGACGAACGGUCGACGUAAAGCUGUCGAGGAGUGAUUUAGGACGAGGGAAGACCCCAUACACCCGAGUGGUUGCAUCGAUUCCGAAUGGAUUCGUCCAGAUGUUAUGGUUUCUAUUAAUAGAGUCCCUUCUACACUGCUCAAAAAUUUAGGCAGCAAUGAAUCGCCUUGUAUAUUAUUGUAUUUAAACGAAUUAUCCACUCAAUUUUUGAGCUGUGUCCAUCCCUGUAUACCUGCCCCAUCCCAACUCAGCCAGAAACGCCAUCGGCGACGUCUUACGUCAAGACCCACUUAGCGCACCUGAUGAAAACGAUCGCGGAGGCAGAAACGCCGACCGAAAUAAACGCCAUUUCUCAAGAUCGCCGGUCAAUAAUAAAUAUAACCCGCAUCAUCGUCUUCCAGAUAGCCGAGACGAGAGUCCGGUCCUAAAAUUCGGGCGUAGAUUCGAGUGAAGGGGAACAAAAAAAAACGCGUGCGAGGGCGCGGGUGGUGACACAUGCCGAUGCUUCUGAGCGACGAGAAAUACGGCAGGCAGCAGCAGCACGAGCACUGCAGGCAGCACUGCCACGAGACCGAAUACGAGCUGUUCCUGAAGCCUCAUCGCAGAUUGGACAGGAAAUCAUCCAGGGGGAUGAUAUACGAGAACGAAGAGUUACGUUUGAGGACCAUCAACAUCAACGCUGAGAUAGAGAGGGGCCAAUACGACAUCAAAAAACUGAAGAAGGAGAACGAACUGCUGAAGAAAGAGAUAUGGUGCCUGAGGGACGAAUACGAGAAGCUGGACAAAUUGCUCAAGGAGAAGAACAUAGACUUCUCCUCUUCCUCCACGACCUCGGAAUCGGACAGCUGCAGCUCAUGCCCGGACGACUCCGACGACGUGGAGAACUCCCAGAACCUGGAGAACGACCAGAAGACCAACCUGCGGGCGCUGAGCAGAAGCUUCGCGGCCCUCUCCGUCGUGCCGGAGGAGAGCACCGAGAACUCGGACCGCACCACCCCCACGUCCAACCAUGGCGACGGGGACGUCAUCCAGGCCGACCAGAGCUACCCCUGCUACGAGCAGACCGCCACCCUGAGGAUGACGUCCAAGGGUCUCUACGACGAUCACGCGGACCUUUUGGCCAUCCCCCCGUGCGGACUCUACGAAGACGACGUCCACCAGCAGUACGCAACGAGCAACAAGGACGCCACAAACUUCUACCAGAACAUCGUGCUGGUGCCCAGACCCAAGGGCGGCCUCCCCGAGUCGGAAACCCUGGAGAAGACCGCCACCGACGUGUUGGCCAAGACGGACAACAGGGGGUUCGCGUCGGAGCCCCAUUUCGACGACGAUUUCAGCCCCGGGUACAGCAGGAGCACCUUCAGCAACGGCGGCAACCUGGAGGAGCUGCUGAACGACAUCGAGACCAUCUCGCAGGACAUCCUGGCCAUCUCCAACCAUCAGACGGACGCAGGUUCUAGGAGGUGCAAGAGCGACGUCGAUCCCGGCGUCGACAGGACCGAUCGGGGGUCAGAUAAACCCUUUAAGAGCGAGCUCAACGUGACCCUGAUGCCCCGGCCGAUGGCCCUCAUCGGACUGGAGAAAUACAGGGAGAUCCAGAGGAGCAUGAACACGACCCCGUCCAAGUCGAUGGAGAACCUGUCCGGGCACGUUUUUCAAGAGAAUCAAUUGACCGAGAAGAAAGACUUCCACCACUUCCAACAAUCAUCAACGGAUGUCUCAGACUUCACCCCGAUCCAACUCUCCAACCACAACUCAACGGAUUACCUCCCACAAAAAGCAUCGCCUAACUUACCCUCCUACCUCAGCAACCUCAAGGAUAAUUACGUCAGCGGCGAUUACUUCGCCAGGUACAACCCUGAAAACUUCCUACCAACGGAGAAGUCUAAACCCCCACCCAAGAUACUGGUGAAACAGGUCUCCGUUGACUUACAAUCCGGUGAAAACAACGAGAACUCCCAAAUAAAACAAGAAGCACAAGAAAAAAACAGUGAAGAGCCACCGAAGAAGGAAGAGAAACAAAAAAUUGGGCUGAGAAAGAAGGUAUCCAUACAUUUCAGAGGUAAGAAGGAAAAGCAAAAAAAGACUUUGGAAAUACCAACGAAUACCAUAAAAAAACAUUCACCAGUACGCGACAAAAAAUCAACUGAAGAGCCCAAGACGAAAAUAAGCCAUCAAAAAACAUCAAGCAAAGACUCGAACAAGACAACCUCAGAGUCCGACACUAAAAACAACACCGAUUCGAGAAAGACUGUGGAAAAGAGCGACAACGAGAAGAAACCCAGAAAAAGUGCUUCAGUAAGUCCAGAAAGAAAGAAAACAAAAGAGGAUAAAAAAUGCAAAAAACACAAAAAAGACAGGAUCAGAUUGAGGAGAGCCACGGUGACUAGCUUGGACAGUCACAGGGCCAGAUCACAUUCGGUCAACACAGAGCGUUCAAACACAUACGGUGGCUCACAUUUUUUCUACGACGAUUACUUGAACUCCGAGAGAGACAGUAUGAGUAGUUCGGAGACUUUAAAGACAAGACAGAUGAAUUUUUCUAGUGUACCUAUGGCCGGUAAAGUUCCUUGGUGUGGAUGCUGGGGUAAUGGUUGCAUUUAAGUUGUUUAGUUUAAGUAACUAAAUGUAGAAUAUUGAUAUCAAGUUACCUAAAUGAUAUUUUGUAUUUAAAUAAAUUAUUUUGAACAUUA